ACGUGACGUAGUAUUCGAGAAGCUGCGAUAAUGAUAUCGAUUGAUCGAUACUAUUAUAUCCAGCAGAUGUCAUUAUUGUCGUGAACACAUGUCCAUUGUAUUUGCGGUUUGUUGAAACAUAACCUAUGAAAUGAGAAACAUUUGGGAAAGCUAAAUAUUUUUAGUGAUUGAUCUGAAUAGUUUGUUGAUAUAGUCUACAAAAGAUAUUGAAAAUGAGUAAAUACAGAAGGCAAGAAACCUCAAGCGAGGAUAGUGAUAGUGAGGAAGAAAGGCGUAAGAAAGAUAUAAAAGAGAGAGAUGAAUUUGCGAACCGUCUCAAAGCAAAAGAUGAUAGUAAGACACGAAAAGUUGCUAUGCCCACUGGCUCUGGAGCAGCUGAGGCAGCAAAAAGGCUUAAACUCAUGGAAACUGAUGCAAGAGAAAAGCUUGUUCCAAAAUUAAGAGUGGACUCCCGUAGAAAAUAUUUAGAAAAACGUAAAGAGGAUAAAGUGGCCGAAUUAGAAGCAGAUAUUAUUGACGAUGAAUACCUGUUUGAAGAAGAAAUCUUAACGGAACGUGAAAAGCGUGAAAGGGCACAUAAGAAACAAUUAUUACAAUUGGCAAAGGAACAUGAAAAGGCAAGGGAACUUGAAAGAGUACAAAGAUAUCAUAUGCCUUUGGAAAAAAAGAAAUUAGAAGCUGAGGCAGAACCACAUGACACAGAACCACCUCAAUCUGAACAAAGUAAAUGGGAGUCCGAUCAGAUGUCAUCUGCUGUAUUUAGAUUUGGGGCAAAAGACAGAAAAGCACAACAGGAUUAUGAUCUUUUAUUGGAGGAUGAAAUAGAAUUUAUUCAAGCACUGCGUAUGCCUGGAAGUGAAAAAGGUACAAAGCGUGAAUCAAGUCCUUCUCCGCAGGCUAAAAUUUUACAAACCAUACAAGAAACAAAAAAGAGCUUACCAAUAUAUCCAUUUAAGAAUGAUCUUAUUCAAGCUAUUAAAGAGCAUCAGAUUCUGAUCAUAGAAGGUGAAACGGGUUCAGGAAAAACUACACAAAUUCCACAAUAUUUAUAUGAAUCGGGUUUUGCGGUGAAUGACAAAAUUAUUGGUUGUAGCGAGCCUCGCAGAGUGGCAGCGAUGUCUGUAGCCGCUAGAGUGGCUCAUGAAAUGGCUGUAAAACUUGGAAACGAAGUUGGUUAUGCAAUUCGCUUCGAAGAUUGCACGUCCCAUCGUACGCGCAUAAAAUACAUGACUGAUGGCACAUUACAUCGUGAAUUCCUUAGUCAACCUGAUUUAGCGUCGUAUAGCGUAAUGAUAAUUGACGAAGCACAUGAGCGCACAUUGCAUACCGACAUUUUAUUUGGCUUGGUCAAGGAUAUUACAAGAUUUCGUUCAGACUUGAAAUUAUUAAUUUCUUCUGCAACGUUAGAUGCAACAAAGUUUAGCGAAUUCUUCGACGAUGCUCCAAUUUUUCGUAUACCUGGCCGUCGUUUUCCUGUAGAUAUAUAUUAUACAAAAGCACCUGAGGCGGAUUAUAUCGAUGCAUGUGUAGUCUCUAUUCUUCAAAUUCAUGCGACCCAACCGCCUGGAGAUGUGCUAGUAUUUCUAACUGGUCAGGACGAGAUUGAGACGUGUCAAGAGAUGUUACAAGAGAGAGUAAGAAGGCUGGGAAGUAAGUUGGCGGAACUUUUGAUAUUACCUGUUUAUGCGAACUUGCCAAGUGAUAUGCAAGCUAAAAUAUUUCAACCCACUCCACCCGGCGCUAGAAAGGUUGUUCUGGCUACUAACAUAGCAGAGACGUCUUUAACCAUUGACAAUAUCGUUUACGUAAUAGAUCCUGGAUUUGCGAAGCAGAAUAAUUUUAAUUCGCGAACAGGAAUGGAAAGUUUGAUGGUUGUUCCGAUUAGUAAAGCUUCUGCGAUGCAGCGAGCGGGUCGUGCUGGCAGAGUAGCACCUGGUAAAUGUUUCAGACUUUACACAGCAUGGGCAUAUCAGCACGAGUUGGAGGAUAAUACUGUACCUGAAAUACAAAGGAUAAAUCUUGGUAAUGCAGUGCUCACAUUAAAAGCCCUAGGUAUUAACGAUUUAGUUCACUUUGAUUUUCUCGAUCCACCGCCGCAUGAAACAUUAGUAUUAGCUUUAGAGCAACUUUAUGCUUUGGGUGCUCUCAAUCAUCGCGGUGAAUUAACUAAACUCGGCCGACGAAUGGCAGAAUUUCCACUUGAUCCAAUGAUGGCAAAAAUGUUGUUAGCCAGCGAACGUUAUCGUUGUUCCGAAGAGGUGGCCACAAUAGCUGCAAUGCUUUCUGUUAACGGAGCAAUUUUCUAUAGACCUAAAGAUAAAAUUAUACAUGCGGAUACAGCUCGAAAAAAUUUUCAUGUACCUGGUGGAGAUCAUCUCACUCUUCUAAAUGUUUAUAAUCAGUGGCAACAAAGCGAUUUUAGUACUCAUUGGUGUUACGAAAAUUUUAUUCAGCAUAGAUCGAUGAAACGAGCCAGAGAUGUUAGGGAACAGUUAAUCGGCUUGAUGCAACGUGUUGAAAUGGAACUUGUCUCGGGUAUUACAGAAACCGUUAAUAUUCGAAAGGCAAUUACGGCAGGUUAUUUCUAUCACGUAGCUCGUUUGUCAAAGGGAGGCCAUUAUAAAACAGCAAAACAUAAUCAAACUGUAUCGAUUCAUCCGAAUAGUUCUUUAUUUCAAGAACUUCCGCGAUGGUUACUUUAUCACGAAUUAGUAUUUACAACGAAAGAAUUCAUGCGACAGGUUACGGAAAUAGAAAGCAAAUGGUUGUUGGAAGUUGCACCACAUUAUUACAAACCCAAAGAACUUGAAGACUCGACGAAUAAAAAAAUGCCUAAAGUUGCAGGCAGAGCACGACCAGAUGCAACUACCUAAGUAACAGUAGAUAAAAUACUUUUUGUACAGAUGAAACUUUUAUAUUGCAGAAAAUAAAAUCACAAUCCUUCAUGAUUGUACAAUAUUUUAGUA